AUGGGCAAGAAGGCAGCAGGCAUUGCGCUGAUUGUCGUUGGUGCGAUCUUCAUCGUGCUCGGCAUUGGUCUCGGCGUUGGUCUGCCCGACGUCGUGAACAACACAAUCACCUCGGGCGUCCAGGGUCCCGACAGCUCCAGCAUGUCGGACGUCAACGACCCCGAGUCGUCGUACUCCAAGUGGCUGCGCAACUGGGACCCCAUCGACGACAAGAAGCCCCACAAGCUCAACCACGUCUACAUCUACAACCUGACCAACCCCCAGGGGUACCUGUUCGAUGCCGAGCGUCCGAUGGACUGCGGGCAAACUGGUUUGUGUUGCCCGAGCUUUGGCACCGAUGACGAGUACGUGUCCUACCGCACGUACACCGAGUACGAGUACCAAGCUUCGAACGACGUGGACGUCAACAACGACAUGUUCUACUCGUGGUCGCUCGUCUACCUCGGCGGCCUGACCUCCGCGCUGACUGGGUCCCUGUACCCGACGCUGCUUGGCAUUUACGGCUCCAACCCCACGGUCUUUGGUCCUCACCUCACCGCGUGCGCUGGUCAAACCGCCGCGACCAUCAACGCCGCCACGCAAGCCUCCGUCGAGUGCCGCUUGAGCUUCCAAACCAACCCCGUUCUCAAGUCUGUUUUCGACGAGGUGUACGGGACGACUGGUGCAGACACUGGCCUCUUGACGGCCGUUUCGGGCUCGGUUUUGGGCGGUUUGGUCCAGACCAUGCUCACCGCGUCGACCUCCAACCCGGCCAUGACCAACGUCCAAGCUCUUGUGCAGGCUGGCAUUGCUGGCAACACCGACCCAUCUGGUUACGCCGCUUAUGGAGCUUCGGCCCUUUGCGCUGGUGCUGCGUUUGGGUAUGCCACAGCCACCCGCGGAAUCAGCUCAGACUCCCUAGACUUUUACAACCUGUUCAACACUCUCCUUGGUGCCUCAGCUCUCGCUGCUACCUCCAAUGUUUUCCCAACCAACGCGAAUCACCAGCUCGCGCUUGGCAUCAUCCUUGACAAUAGCAACGCCUACCCGGCCCUUUCCUGGGGCAGCGAUGCUCCUUCUGCGACAUUUGCCACCAACUGGCUUCUUGCAGCAGGCGCUGUCGCCAGUGGCAGUCCGACUGCAAUUGGUGCAAUUUAUGGCAGUGCUAACUUUGCUCCUCUUGCUGCCCUCAUGGACGUGACGACGUUCGCCGCUGUUGUCGGCGGUUAUUUCGGUCUAGCCGCUUUGCCAAAGGCCGAUCUGGCUGCCAUCUAUUCCCCCCUGUUCCUGCCCUACACGACGGAAGCCGCAGCGGCAGCCGGCUCUGCUUUUAGCACCUUCAAGGACUUUACCUCGCAACAGCUUCUGUUUGCGCAACUUGGCGGCGCUGCGCUGACACAGGGUGACUCGCUUCUCGAAAGCUCGCUGUUCCUUGCCACUGUGCAGCAACUCCAAGAUGGUGGAGCUGUCAUUCCGAUUCCCCAAACGUACAUCGACAACGACGAUGGCAAGUAUUGGAUUGAGCCGUUCCUGUACAACUUGAAUGUCUGGGCUCCUGCCAACUAUCUCGGCUUUGCGGCCCAGUACAACCUCCAGGCCGGCGGCAAUUACAAAUCUGGUGUCUACCUCUCGUUGGCCCAGACCGGUGCACUGAUCAACAUUCUUACCACUUACACCUCCUCUGCGUUUGGCCUGAUUGGCGCUGCGAGCUACCCACUCUCGAAGGCUGGGGAGCAGAUUGGCAAUCUCGUUACGGCUGGCCUCACGGCAGAUGCCGUUGGUUAUACUAACUCCGUGACUCCAGCGUGCGGCAUGGGGCCGCCCACCACCGCUGCAGCAGUGCAGUCUGCUAUUAUUACCAUUCUUGUGGCGGGCGAUUUUGGCAGCACGGCUUGCCGCGACGCGAUUAUCGGCACCGGAUCCGGAACUGCUUUGAUUGGGUUCAUGGCCGCCAUUAAAACUGCAUUGACCAACGCGAACAACCAGUGGACUGCUUGGGGUUUGAAUUUGUCAUCACUCGGCCCCACCACGACCGCCCCGGAUGCCAUGGCCUCUUCCACGUUCAGGAUUGCCUUCCACGCCUUGAUGCUUGUCGACUACUUCCAAAAGAACUUUUUCCUCAUCACUGGCGAGUUCCUGACUGGCGAUCAGCGCAAUGACGGUCUGAUUAUUCACCGCUCCGCCCUUGAGAUCAUGAGCGGUGCGCACUACGCGAUCGCCCCUGGCGGCACUGCCGCGGGCUUCCUGUGGAACUCGUUCCGCACUCCGUACUCGCCCACUGCUGACCUGAACAAGUACUCGCGUGGCAUUGCAGACAUCAACACUGUCAACACGUAUGUUGAGUACGAGGGCGCCACUCAACUGGCCGCAAACUACUUCCCUCGCAUGACGGCCGAGAAGCCCGAGCUGCGCAACAUUCGCGGUUUUGACUACACCCAAUUUGUGCCCGCCGAGAAGACUGUCAUCAUGGUGGAUGUCGACAAGCCCCGUUACAACCAUUAUGAUGUUUUCCUGGAACCCGCUUCGCGCACCUUCCGUCUGUUCUACCAGAACAAGGAUGACGACAUUUUGGGUGUCAAGUGCAACCGUUUCGCCGUCUCCACCGACGAACUCACUCUUGAAACUGGCAACUUUGGCAACAACAAGUACUAUGGCAGCUCGUUCGACGGCGCCCAGUACGGCGGCAACACCAACCCCUUCCACAGCUUUGUGUCGCGCCCGUACUACCUGUAUGGCAACGACAUCUACGAUCUCUACCCCGAUUUUGAGACUGAGGCCAGCCCUUCCAAGCAUGAGACCACAAUCUGCAUCGAGCCUCUGACUGGCGCUACCGUCGACGGCUCGCUGAACUUUAUGGGCAGCCUGGGUCUGGACAAGACUGGUUUCACUGCGUCUUCCCGGUUUGCCUUUGGCUACGACCUGAAUUCCACAUACCUGAUUGACCAGUCCCAGAUGUACGACGACACCAACCCCGUUCUCCAGCCCCCGCUGCCCCUCUACUGGUACACCCAGACUGCCACCCUGAACGAGGCUACUGCCGACGCCCUCAAGUCCUCUCUGUACGGUGCUACCAAGGGUGCCUAUGCCGCUCUGAUUGUGGGCAUUGUUCUCGGCUCCAUCCUGGUCAUUGUUGGCAUUGUGCUCCUCGUUCUGCACAAGAAGGAGGGCGGUCUUGGCAAGACCGAGUCGACUGCCGAGAUGCUCAAGUCGCCUGCCUUUGCCCCUGAGGUCAACAACCCCACUUACGAGAGAUAAUUUUUUUUGUUGUUGUCGCUUGUUUUUUUUUUUCUCGUUGUUGUUCGUUUUGAGUGUGGUUGUCUGUGUAGCCUGCUUUUUCUCGCUUUUUUGUGUGCUACAAUCAACGAUGCGACCACCCACACAACCGGAUCCUGAUGGGUUUGUGUGUCUUUUUUUCUUUUGUAUGAUUUGUGAUUUGUGUGCGAUUCGUGUGCGUUUGCUGUUUUGCACUUUUGCCCCUCCCCAAUGUACAUGUUCUCUUUUG